UGGGUGGAGCCUGAGCCUGCCUGUGGAGGGCAGGAGGCACCCACCAGUUAUGGGACACUGCCAAGUGCCUGCUGACCAUGCUGCUGCAAAGGACAGCCAUGGGCUGGUGGCUGUGUGACACGGUGACUCUGGGCCCUGUGAUGGGUGUCACAGACAGGAGGGGCUUCACGCCCGCUGAGCUGGUGGCCUUUGGCUGUAACGGUCUGCUGUCCUUCCGCACAGCACAGCCAUGCUGCAGCCACCUCUCACUGCAAUGCUCCCUCAGGAAAUGCCUUCUGACCGGUGGCUUUGGCAGCCACUCCACCGUGUUUGCCCAUGGCUGCUGUUCCAGAGCUGGCCCUGGCAAAGAGGCAGCACCAUCGGCAGCUCCCAGCCUGUACUGCAGGCUGCAAAAUCACAGCAAUGGAGCUGCAGGGGGAAGAGAGCAGCAACUUUUCUUGUGCUGUUUCUGCAAUGAGAUGGCUGCCAGGGAAUUCUGGUACAGACUGUCUUUCAUUCUCCCUGGUGGCAGCAGGGCCAGCUGGCCCCCAGCCUGUUGCCUCCACAGGACACCCUUGGCAUAGUGUGGAUCAGGUUCCUGGCCUCCUGUGCACCUGAUGGCAGAGGGCCUGAGGCAAACAGUGUGAGACCCCAGGGAAACUCCUGUGCUCUCCCCAUCUGCGAGGAGAGCUGGACAGUGAUACCUCCCCAGUGUGCAGGACAGAGGGUGGUGGGUUUGGCUGUGGGUGCAGCUGAAGGAAAUGGCCUGGCCUGGGGUGAAGGAGGGCACUGGGUCGCAAUGCUCAGCUCUCCCCCUCUCCCUGAAGCCCAGCUGCAGCAGAGCAAGCAGCCCUGGGGAGCUGAGUCCCUGAGCCCCCUGUGUCAUUUACAUACACCCCACUGGCGCCAUCAGCACAGUGACCUGGGUUCCUGUAGCACCACAGACCCUCUCUGAAACAGCCACCCUUCCUCUGCUUCCUGCCAUGGCCCCAGGCUUCAUGGUCCUGCUCCUGCUGGGGACAGUGGGCACAGCUUGCAGGGCUCAGCCUGUGCUGACCCAGCCCUCCUCCCUGUUCGUGCUGCCCGGGCAGACGGCCCGGCUGUUCUGCACCCUGAGCCCCCAGUACAACAUCACCGAGUUCGGCAUCUCCUGGUUCCAGGAGCGCCCGGGGCACGCCCUGAGGUAUCUGCUCUAUUACAACUCCGAGAGAGAAAUGCACAAGCCUGACGAGACUCCUGACCGCUUCUCUGCUACCAAGGACCUCGCCAGCAACACCUGCAUCCUCACCAUCACCUCCGCCCGCCAGGAGGACAACGGCACCUACUACUGCGCCCUGACACCUGCCUUCAAGUGGUUUUAGAAACAGGGAACAAAAGCUCUCUGUGCCCUUUCUGCAACCCUGAUGCAAAGCCCUCAACAGGGAGAGCAGCAGCCCUGGGAGGGAUGGAAAAAGACCUCCUUGCAUGCUCGAGCAGGCCCAGCAGCACUGCCUCGUGCUGGGAAGUGCAGCAACCUACUCUUUGACCCCAAACUUCCCCCAUGGAGCACUGGAGAGCCUGACACGGUGAGAGACCUGCCAGGGACUCCUGUUGCAGCAGGAGGAUGGAUGGAGGGCUCCACUGUGGCCCAGCUUUCCUAGGCUCUUCCAGCACUCAGUAGCCUUGAUCCGGCUUGGGCUUCUGCACAGUUUGGCUCACCUGGUAAUAAAGGUUAAUCCUUA